AUGAUUCCCCCUGCUGGUGAGAUUCAGUACUGCAGGAAGGAGAUUGAGGCCAGGGAAGAGAUAUGCAUUGGGGGGGACAGAUGUGGAACGGGGAUGAAUCUGAGUCUGCAGCAGCAUUUAGAACAGACUGGAGUUGGGAAAGGCAAUGUGUUGGGUGCCUGUAAGGAUACUGUAUUGAAUGGAGGAGCUAAAAUACCCCUUAUUGGCUGUAUUGUACAACUUUAUUUAUUUGGUGUCACUGAAGUUUUACAGAGUUUCCUUCUAACUGUGAUGUCCUAUGACAGAUAUCUGGCCAUCUGCAAUCCCCUGCGUUAUUCUUCACUAAUGAGCCACAGAGUCUGUGUUAAACUAAUUGCCAUAUCAUGGCUGCUUGCCCUUAGUGUUACACCAGUUCUUGUGAUUUCUGCAGCUACACAAGAGUUCUGCAACCAAAAUACCAUCAACCAUUUCUUCUGUGAUUACUUUCCUCUCCUGGAACUUUCCUGCUCAGACACCUCCUUGGUACGGAUAUUGGCAAUUGCACUAACUGUCCCUGUAGUUCUUUCCCCCUUCAUGCUCAUCAUUGGAUCCUAUAUCUGUAUUGCCCAUGAAAUCCUAAAGAUAGUGUCCAGUAUUGGGAGACAAAAAGCCUUCUCCACCUGCAGCUCCCACUUGGCCGUGGUCUCCAUAUUUUAUGGGACUCUCAUUGGUAUUUAUGUGGUUCCCACAAGGAACCAGUCACAGACCAUUAGCAAACUCCUUUCCCUUUUAUACACUGUAGUGACUCCUUGUAUCAACCCAAUGAUUUACAGCUUGAAAAGUGCAGAUAUGAAAAAUGCUCUUAAAAUUAUUAUGAAAUAA